UUCUUCGGAAGUAGCCGACACUCGCAUUCUCCCAGGGCUUAAGUGCAUCCGUACACGCUGUGGGGGCAGAGAAGCUAGGCCAGGUACUUGAGGCACGCAGCCGUUCUGCACAUCCGAGGUGUAAACUGGUUUCCCAGGCGCCGGGCGAGCCUAGCUUUAGCCUUAGAAUAUAGCCCCUUGUUUUUCCUUGUCCAGGACGCGGCCUCGUGAAGGGUUGUGGAUAAGGCUGUGAGGACUGCCCACUUCUCCCAGGCCGAAUAGGGCUCCUGGAGCCCGGGAGAAGGGCCACGUGGACGUCUGUAGAGACAGGCCUCGAACCAGGCUGCUAUGAAGAGUGACCCGUCGACAGCUGCAGCCCCGCUUAGGGGGGCCGGGGGGGCCCUAAGCAGCAGCGAAACGGUGCGCGUCGUCCUGUCGCCGGCGGCAGCCGCGGCUCUACUGGAGGAGGCGGCCGAUCACUUAGUGGUGCACCUGGACUUCCGGGAGGCGCUGCACACCUGCGAGCGAGCCGGCCAGAGCCUGAGCAACUACGCCCAGGCUGACUGGCCUGUGGGCACUUCCUUAGAGGUGAAAUGCUCCUUGUGCGUUGUGGGGAUCCAGGCCCUGGCAGAAAUGGAUCGGUGGCGGGAAGUUAUUUCCUGGGUUCUUCAGUAUUACCAGGUCCCUGAAAAGCUACCCCCCAAAGUCCUGGAGCUGUGUGUUCUUUUAUACAGCAAAAUGCAAGAGCCUGGAGCCAUGCUAGAAGCGGCCAGUGCCUGGAUCCAACACCCAGACAAUCAGGGCCUUCCAGAAUACAGAGCCUUGGCAGAACUUUACCUGCAGCAGGUGCUGCUGCCUCUGGGCUGCUUGUCGGAGGCUGAGGAGCUAGUGGUGGGCUCUGCAGCCUUCAGUGAGGAGCAACGGCUGGAUGUACUCCAGGUCAUCAGCAUAGCAAGGCAACAGCAGAAACAUGAACACUCUGACUCUGAGAAGGACCAGAAGCUAAACCAAGAAGACUCCUUCCACAAGUUUCUGUCACUACUAAUGUUGCUUCGCCGGCUUUGGGACUCUGCAGUGAGCCACUUCGUUUCCCUGCCCUUCAAAAAGAGCCUCCUGGCCACCUUGAUUCUCUGCCUCUUGGUGGUGAGGUUUGAUCCAGCGUCUCCUUCUUCCCUGCCCUUCCUCUGCAAGCUGGCUCAGCUCUUCCAUUGGAUCCGGGAGGCUAUGUUUUCUUCUCUCUACUAGCUCUCCAUCCGUGACUGAGUGGUCUUUCCCACUCACCUCAGCCUCUCCACUCCCCACAGCAGAAUAACUCAUCCACGGCACCAAUUUCCUGUUGCUGGCUGGGCCCCUAUGGGAGUGGAGCCAGCCUAAUUCUAGGAAGAGCUAAUUCAAUCUGUGUCUUUUUUUAAAAAAAAAUUUGUUUUAUUGCUUAAAGUAUUACAAAGAGCAUUACAUAUGUCUCUCUCUCUUUUUUCCCCCCCCACAUGAACUGUCUUGCUACCCAAAUGCUCUCCCACUUUGGCUGGUGUCAGGUCAUAUGGAAACAAAGUGGGGCUGGAGGGCACAAGUCCUCCAGAACAGUCCCCUCUUAUACCCAGAGAUGCCUUGUUAAGGAGGGGUUUGGGAAUGUAGAGUGUGUCCAUGAAACAUUCCAUCUUCUUGACAAAGGCAAGGGGUUGAUUUUUUAGGUCAGGGUGUGAAUGAAGCUGGAAGUUCAGAAAAACCCCUUGGAUAUCUUACCCGUGGACCAGGCCUUUAGUUAGGCAGAGUGCCACCUGAGAGGGCCUCUUCUUUUCUCUCUUAUGCUCCUCUUCAUGGAUCUGGCCUGGUUUUUUAUCUGUACAUAAUUUCCAUGGUUUUGCAAUGGACUCGAAACUGCCUGGGCCCACUCUCUAUUCAGACCAGGGCAUGACUUUCAGAACCACCCAGGUGAUUACUGAAUACAAAAUGUGUCUGCUUCGCUCUUCUCACUGGGUAAAGUGAUCUUGCUUGGUGCUCUUGGGCUUCAGCUCGGUUUUCCAGGCGGUCAGUGGCCAGCCCCUGUUCUGUUACACUCAGUAUUGCUGCUGUCUCUUUCCCUCUUGUCAAGCCCUUGCCCCUGCGAUGCAGUAGUAUUUUUGUACUUUGUCUAAUGGCUUUUUUUUUUUUCUUACCAAUUCUGCCUGUAUCCUUGCUUUCUGGUGGACACUUGCUGGUUUUCCCCUUUCUAUAUCCUGUUCUAAUUAUAAUCUAUUAUUUGUAUAAUGCAGAUGUUUUUCUGUGUGGCCUUGAAAAGUAGGCCAGCCUUAGAGGUUGAUGAGCUGAAAAUGGAACUGGGUAAUCAGGGGACCUGGAAGGGAUGUGCAGAGGGGGCUGGGGAGGGGGGAGACAUGGGUUUUGAAGGCAGUGAACAAUUUUAUUCCUUGUUAUGGGGAGGAGACAUGGGGCCUCAGAAUUUGAGCACCUAAAAUAUUUCAGCAUUUUCUGUCACUGGCCACAAGAAUCUCACGCGUUUCUGUGCAGGUAAAUGUAAAAUACUACUGUGCCAUCAAGAUUAUGCAAGGUUUCCAGCAGGAACUGGCCAAGCAAACCAUCCUCUGCCAGGAACUCUGUCAGUGCUGAUGCCAGGAAUAAAGGAGGUGCUUUUAGCUUUUCGUGGGUUGAUUUUCAAGAAUUGCAAGUCAACAACUUCUGUUUAGUAACAUGGAUAGAGAAGUAAACUUCACAGGCCAUUGGGAGAUUAAGUCCCUAGAUGUGAUCCAACUCUAGGAAACAAAUCUUAGCCUUUAAAUAUGGACUUUUAAUAGAGUUAACAACCCUAGGAGAGGAAGGGUGACACAUAAGCUUUGAGAUCUCUCCUUUAGAAUGAUUUCUUCAAAUGAAAAUCUGGUCCUGUUUACUACCCUAGACAAAAUUUUUAGGGCUUCCCAUGACCCAUAGUAUAAAACCUACAUUGUUCCUCAUGGAAUUUCAGGCCCCUUAUGCACUGGUUUUGGCUCACACCUCCACUUUCAUGUGGAGCCUCUAUUUCUUAUGCACACUGCCCUCUAGCUGCCCCACCAACCAGUUUUCUGAACACUGAAUGCUCCUUCACACUUCUGCUGUUCCCUGUGGAAGGUCCAUUUCCCUCCCCCUUUUCACCUGGUGAGCUCCUCAACCUUCCAGACUCACACAAGGUUACCCCUGGGAAUCUUAAUGCCCCCUGCUUCCAUCCCCUAUUUCAUGUCCUUUUGUGGUAGUGACUCCAUGGUCUCAUAGUUGUGACAUUUUUUGUUGCCUCCAGGACCAUGAGCUCUUUAAAACUGGGAAGUAUGGUUCAAUGCCAUGUUUAAGAGUCAGGUUUGGAUCCUCAUUCCACCACUCUCUGGUUGUGUGACUGUAGAAAAGUGAUCGAACCUCUCUCAGCCUUAGUGUUCUCAUCUAUAAGUGAGUUCUUAUCUCACUUUGAAUGAAAAAUUGAGAUCCUACUUAUGAAGUGUUUAACAUGUCAUCCUGACCCAAUCGAGAGCUCUCCUGAAGGGUAACUGCAUCUCCAUUGCUCAGCCAAGUGCCUACGAGUUAGGUGUUCAGAGAUGUUUAAAGGAAUGAAUCGAUAUAACUGAUAUGAUAGGAGCUCUGUGUGUUUUUGGGGUUUAUAUUGGGAAAACCUUGAGUAUAAAGAAAACCUGACCAUGCCCAACUCAUUUUCUGUCCCUCCUUGAAGUUCCCCAUUAUUAUUCUUGCAGCAUCCUAGGUUUUCUAUUUUGUGUUUGUCCUGAACUUUGCCCUCCUACCUUCCUAGUCAGAGAAGGAACUCAGACCAGAACUUCUCUGAUGACUUUGACUUUUCUCAGGAUGCAGGCUAGCACUCAUGUCAGUCUUCAACUCUGGGCUUAAAAAGGUCAGGAGUGAAAGGAGGACUUCCUCUUAGACUUAUACCUGUGCUGCCAAAACGGUAGCCAUUAGCCAUGUGUGGCUCUUGAGCAUUUGAAAUGUGGCUGGUCCAAAUCGAGAUGUUCUUUAAAUGUACAAUACACACUAAGUUUUGUAGACUUAGUACUAAAAAAAGAAUGGAAACUCAAUUUUUAUAUUGAUUGCAUGUUGAAAUGAUAAUGUUUUGGAAAUAUUGGGUUAAAUAAAAUCUAUUAUUAAUUUCA